AUGCAUCAAACUAUUGGACGUGUGGAUGGUACAGCUUUUGCUGUGAUCCGGCAACUCAUGUGCACGAUGAUGACGUGGUGGUGCCCUGAGGAGUGCCUGAAGCACGGCGCGGCCGCGGUCGGGAUGGCCAUCAGCGAAGAGAGUCGCUGCGUCACCUCCAAGGACAAGGUGGCUGAUGCCCUUCAGAAGAGCUACCGCCUUCUGCGGCAGAAGUUGGACUUCCCUCCCAAGGACAUCAUCUUGGAUUGCCCCCUCCAGAGCUUGCGACUCGACGAGCAUCCUGCAGCGUCAGGCGUACCUGCCCGCAUGCCAGCGUGGUUGCACACCAUCUUCCUUCAGCAUGUCAUUCCGAAAGGUCUCAACGUGGCCCUGGUCGACGCCGGCAGCCUCCCGCUGUACACAAGGAGACGCGGCAGCGCUGCGAAGACGCUGGCUGGUGAUCCUGAACAGCGGCAAGGUUUUUGCCGUCCUCGAGCGCUUCAUGGAAGCGACGCCGGCCUCGUUGAAGUCACGGGAUCCUAUGUCUCGUGGUUCUCAGUGACCUCAGGGAGAAGGCGUCUGCGGCCGUUGUACGUCUCCUCAGAAGAGAUUCGGGCAAGGGGCACCGUCAGCGCGUCGGUCUUCCACGCCUUCUGGAGCACGGUGCGCUUUGCGGCCAACUUCCACAGGCCGGGGUGGCGGCUUGUCGAGCCGCAAGACCUUUCUGGACAACUGAGCCCCUCGGUCUUGGAGAUGGCAGCGAAAGGUACUUCUGAGACCCAGUGA